UAAGAAGCCAAAAUUUAGUAAGCGAAAAUGUCAAGUUUACAGGCGUCAAACUCAUUCAAAAGUCCAAAGAUCCUAUUUAGAGUGGAAACUACACAACCCCAAUUCGUUCCAAUUCAUCCUGUAAUUUAACUCUUCAAUUUCUGCUUUUGGUGUUGUCUUUUAUUCAAUUUCGUAAAUUAGGGUUCAUCUUUGAAGUUUAUUGAAUCGGAAAAUGGCAGCAAUUUAUAGCCUUUACAUCAUCAACAAAUCUGGAGGUCUCAUUUUCUACAAGGAUUAUGGAUCGGCUAGUAGAAUGGACACAAACGAUACAUUGAGAUUAGCGAGUUUAUGGCAUUCUAUGCACGCCAUUUCUCAGCAGCUUUCUCCUAUUUCUGGAUGUUCUGGGAUCGAACUUCUUGAAGCUGAUAACUUUGAUCUUCAUUGCUUUCAGUCUCUCACUGGAACCAAGUUUUUUGUGGUAUGUGAACCUGGAACACAACAUAUGGAGCAUCUUUUGAAAUAUAUUUACGAGUUGUACACAGAUUAUGUAUUGAAAAAUCCUUUCUAUGAAAUGGAGAUGCCUAUUCGCUGUGAGCUCUUCGACAUUAACCUUGCCCAAGCUGUGCAAAAGGAUCGUGUUGCUUUGUUGGGUCGAUGAUCUAUCAAACGCAAUGGUUUAACCUUAGUUUCUUCUUGUUUUUGAACUUUCAUUAUGUUUUGUAGCAGUUGCAGUUUGUUGCACCUUUAUGAGUUGGUUUAGUUGAAAACAAGAUGCACUGUGUUGCGAGUUUAGUUAUCUGAAAUUGUAAGUACUGAAACAAUUAAGAAAUUAUAAAAUAGUACCCCUCCGUUCUCAUUUGUUUUCACAUUUUUUAUUUAGAAAUUU